AGCGUGUAUGUGGCCUCUAACUUACACGACGCUUCACGCCCCAGUUCAUUUGCAGAGAAUAUCGUUCAUACGGAAUUGUGGAAACAAGGAAUACGCCGCCAUAUUAUUAUUAAUAUAUUAAUAAUACUAUUAUUAUUGUUUCUUUUCUACCUCGAGGUUGCGCGCGUGCUUGAUGGUGCGGCGGAGGCGUCGAACUCUAUCGAACUACAAAAGCAGAAGAGAAAAAGAGGGAAAACACACAAACUUACUAGCCGGAAAAGCGUGUUCUUUUUUCCCCAUUUCUUUCGUUCUGUCCUUCAUUGAUUUACCUACACAAACACACACAGCAGCGUUGGUGCUGCUGUCUGCAGCUCUUUCUUUCAUUAUUUGAAACGCCUCCAGUGUUUUCCCAUUCCACUUUCAGGCACGCAAACACACACACGCACUUAGCGGUGAUAGACACCGAUUCUUUUAUCUCUUCUACCUUACCUUCUGACUCACCCCGUCUGCGAGCAAACAACGACAGCGCAGUAGAGUUAUCGUGUAACGGGAUCCCACGCGCAGACAACGUUGUGGAAGGGUUCGGAAAGCAGUGAAGCACGACAAACAACUAAAGGUAAAAGCUGCGACGACAAGACACAAAUUCGCUUUUAAAAAAUAUUUUCGAUCCACCACAGCAUCAACAUAAAAACCUUAUAUAUCAAUCUUUAUAUAUAUAUAUAUAUAGAUGGGGGCGGCACAGCAGAAGGAAGCCGCCGCGUACUUCACGCAGGCGUUGACCGCCGCCUCCCCGCCCGCGGCCCCGGCCUUCCUCGCCCAGGUAAAGCAGUUCGAGCGUUAUCUCUGUGGUGGCGCUGAGCUGAGCGGAGAGGCCCAGCCUAUCGCCAUGGCGGUCCUCCGCGCCUCCACGGCAAACACAACAGCAGGCGAAGUCGUUGGUGCGGUUGCCCAACGUGGACAGCUGCGCUGGCUUCUGCAGCUGUGCAGUUCGGUGCUCCGUGGAGUGCUGGAGAAGCCGAAUGACACGGUGGACGCGUCGGCGCCGGCGCUGCUGCACGUAACAGAGCUGCUGCUGCGACACGUUCUGCGUUUCACGAAGGCGCAGUCGGCGGUGCUGGUGGAAAUGUUCGAAUCGGGCGGACAGGAGACGGCAGGAGCGGCAACGAACGCGGACGGCGCACCAGCCCCCGCCUCCUCGUCGGAUGACCUCGUGAAAGAGGAUGCAGCGGCGCUAUUGUGCAAGACGUGCUUUGCGGUUCUCCUUCAGGUCCCACGCUCUUCGAGCACCGUCCUCUUGCAUCUGGAAGUGCUACGUUUGCUGCUGACCAUGACCUCGUCUGCGCUGCACCACAGCACCGAAUUUCGAGAGGACACCAUGGACCUCUUUACCGAGCUGAUGAUGUCCUCGCCACGGCUGCACGAGCUGCUCGACACCCUGCUGACGAUUGUCGUUGAGUGGGGGAAGUCGGACUGGCAAGCGCCGCCGCCGCUGCUCUACCACGAAGGGUGUCAACCGUCGAUGCGAAACUUCUUUCAGGUCUUCGGUGGCGGCGGCGCGGGCGACGCGGCGGGUGGGUCAGGGAAGCACUCCGUUCCGUACGUGCUGGACGUCGAGGUGCGCUCCAACGCACCCCAGGUGAACCCGCCCCCCAGCGGAGGCGCGGGUGGUAAUGCCACGAGCAGCAGCAAUGGCAGCAAUGGCAGCACCGUCGAACCGAAGGAUGCGGCGGCGGUGCUGCUCGGUAGCUGCAGCUGCUGGGAGCAGCUAGGGCGUCACGCCGCUGCGCUGCUCUGCGUGUUGGUCGUCCACCAGAAGGGCGGCGGCCGCAAUCCGGCCCUGGAGUACCUCGCCGCGCUCCACGACGGCACGCCGGUGGCCUUCGUGCAGCUCCUCGCCGUCAUCCGACGCGAGAUCACCCGCUACCCGGAGAUGUCCAUACUGUUGUACGUGCUCUUGAACGACCACCGCACGUUUCUGCACACGGUGCUGAGCGAAGACGCGGCGUUGUUCGUCUCGGCGGUGCAGCAGCUGUUGGAGCUGACGUAUAAGACGUGCAAGGACGGUUCACGACCAGGAUUGAUGUGCAGCAGCAGUGGCACCUGCACAGCCGCCGCCGCCGCCGGGUCGACGGCGAAGCCCGCGGAGGACGCUCUGCAGCCCGCCGUCCUCGGCCGCCUCGUCUACCAUCUGCGAAUCUUCUCCUACCCCUUCAUCAACUUCAUGUCCGGCACUCUCCUAGUGCUGCUUUCGCAGGACUGUGUAGUGAACCGGCUGCUGUGCAGCACGCCGUGCCAGCCGGGGCAUCUGCUCGAGCGCUACGACACAAGUGCACCAGUGGGCGCCUUCGCGACGGUCGUUCUCGCGCUGGGCAUUUUGCGAGGCUUCAACGAGCGGAACGAAGCCCUCAUCGCCGUCUUCGCGCCUUCUCUGGUGAACCUCGCGCCGUACGUUCACGACAUGGACCCGUACACCGCGCAGCGCGUUUCGAGUUUGCUGACCCUCGUGCUGCGGAAGAUCCUCCGCGCCGGGGCGGUGCUGCAGGCGGCGAGCGAUGAGGCGGCCGGUUCAACGGAGGCGAGUGAUCUGAAAGAAUCGUUCCCGGGCAGCAAGGUCAGCGCCGAAGAAGCGCAGGCGUUGGAGGAGAUCGUCGUCAUGUACGUCCGCCAGCUGCGCACCGUGAUCGACGGCGUGGAGGCGCUGCUGCGGGGGGCGGACCGCCGCAACGAAUACCUCGUCUACGAGCUGCUCUACGCGCGUGGGAAAAUCAUCGACGACGUCGAGGCGGCGGCGCAGGCGGGCCGCCCGUUUGCGGCCCCGACGCAGCAGCUGCUGAUGGGUGUUGUGGAGAUGAUUAGGAACUGCGAGGCCGACAUCGCGAGCUCGGAUCAGGCGCAGAACCCGCAGGAGAUUAUCGCAAUCUUGCGUCGUGGGCAGCGUCAGGACAGCGCCGUCGCGGAGGGGGCCGACGGAGGCAACGGCGGCGGCGGCAGCAGCAGCCGAAACAACAACGCGAACAUGAUUGAGAUGACGAGUGGGUUUGGUGGGGCCGGUGCACCCAACGGAGGGGAUAACGGUGCUGCGAUGGUGUCAACAACGACGGCGGCGACGGCGUCGCGCUCGCCGGGGCCCGGUAGGAACGGCUCGGAUGGGGCCUCCGUGGACCUGGUGUACAGCUACGAGGAAUCGCCGCACAGCUACGACUUCUUUGGACCCUUUAUCUGGUCCGUCCUGCUGAGUGCGUCGCGCGCGCCAGGCGGUGCGUUGUGGUGCCACCACAGCAGUGAACUGGCGUUGUUUCCCUACUAG